AUGUGCUCUCCUGUGUGCAGCAUGGAGCACCUGUGGAUGUAUGCAGCGGCUGUGCUGCUGCUGCUCUGGCUGCUGGUGUGGCUGUGGAGAGAUAGCCUGGUCAUCUCAGACAUCGGUGAAAACUAUGUCUUUGUGACUGGCUGUGACUCGGGCUUUGGGAACCUCCUGUGCAAGCGGCUGGACCGCCGCGGCUUCCGCGUGCUGGCCGGCUGUUUGACGGAGAAGGGCGCGGACAACCUACGCCGGGCGACAGGGCCCAAGCUGAAGACCAUCCUGCUGGAUGUGACGGACAGCAGCAGUAUCCGUCGGGCCAUGGAGUGGACAAAGAAGGAAGUGGGUGACAGAGGUCUGUGGGGCCUCGUGAACAACGCGGGCCGGUCCCUUCCCAUGGGCCCCACGGAGUGGAUGCGGAUGGAGGACUUCCACAGCACGCUGCGAGUCAACAUGAUGGGCGUCAUUGAGAUGACGAUGACCUUCCUGCCACUGCUGAAGAAAGGCCGGGGGCGGGUGGUCAACGUGGCGUCCGUCCUGGGCCGUGUCGCCGCUAACGGUGGCGGGUAUUGCAUCUCGAAAUUUGCAGUGGAGUCCUUCUCUGACUGCCUCAGGAGGGACAUACACUACUUUGGCAUCAAGGUGAGCAUCAUCGAGCCGGGCUUCUUCAAGACAGCGGUGACCAGCCUGGAGCCAAUCGAGAGGGAGCUGCACCGCCUGUGGAACCAGCUGAGCCCAGAGGUGCGGGACAGCUAUGGGGAGAAGUACUUUGACAGGUAUAUCAAGGUCCAGCGGUUGAUCAUGAACAUGUUGUGUGACCCGGACCUGAGCAAGGUGACAAACUGCAUGGAGCACGCUUUGACAGCACAGUACCCCCGAACGCGUUACAGCGCUGGCUGGGACGCAAAGUUCGCAUGGAUUCCCCUGUCCUACGCCCCUGCCUGUCUGCUGGACUUCUUCCUUAGGACUGUGCUACCGCGUCCGGCGCAGAGCGUCUAGAGAAACAAACACCAGGAAAUAUGGAAGCGAGCUCUGUCAUACUGACAUAAUGUUAGGUAAAUUCUGCUCGUGUUUCAAAGCUCCACCACAUACAAAUGCAAAAUCUGUAAAUUAUUAUUUUUAUUUUACAGUGCAUUUCUAUUUUAUUUCAGUGUCACAUAAUUAAUUUCUUUGAACGCAAGCUACGCACAGCCAAUAAAUAAUCUCUCCCUUUAAAAAGUGACAAAACUACCUUUGAACUGAGCUGACAUUAAACACAAAGACAAAUAUUUUCUUUGAAAUUACUGUACCCAAUCAUGAUAUUUAAAGUAAGUUAUGCUGCUAAAUACUUCGAGUAGGUGCAUAUGCUGCAGUGGGCAGACUGGCCCAUGUGUUGUGUUCUAUUUUGUUGAUCAUAAACCAUGUUUAUGCAUGUCUUACAUCCUUGCUUCUGUGGUCAGUUUCAGAAGGGGCUAGUAAACAACGGAAUAGCAAACACUUGUAGAAGAUUUCCUUUUUUCAGCGUGCUAAAUUCUUAUUAACGAGAUUUAAGUUAGUUAUUCUGUUUUGCCCCAACACAGGUACAUAGUACACUAUCCCUCCUUACAUUUGAACUUUCGACUUUCCUGUCGCAAGUUGCACAACUACUUGCUGACAUUGUUUUUCUUCCUCUCUUUAAUGACUGAAUCACAUAUUAUUGUUAAUGAAUUCCAUAGCUGAUAAUUUUGUUUGACCCAUCUGUGCGGCUCCUUCUUUCACUAGAUCAGAUCAGGGUAAAAGCACCGCAGCGCUAGUGGACACUGCAGUUUCAGCCAGUAACCAUCAGGUUGCACAA